AUGUCGAGCGCUUCGGAAAAGACGGUCUCUCCCAGCGCCUCCAAGCAAUCUUCCAUAAAAUCCGUCGAACUUUCCACGCGAUCUCCGAAAUUACGACCACAAAAUGGCCAACCCGUUGGCGAUGCCUCCCAUGCCGAGGCUCAGCCGAAGCAACCCGAGAAGGCUUCCAUCAAGGACAGGUUAACCCGAAUGUUUUCCAAUAAGGAAGAGAUGCCUAGAUCCGUCCUUGUCGAUACGACGCAACCAUCUAAGCGCAUCGUUCCGAGCCCUUCUCCCAGUCAGACUGGUGUUAGCACGCCCGCAAAGCCGGGCGGACCGGCUCGUAAGCCAUCCUCUGCUGAUCCGCCUAUCGCAUCUAAACCAAUACCCUACCAGCGAUUCGUUGUAAAUCUAGAAGUUCCCGGCGGCCAUGAACAUCAUCUCAAGGGUAGCAAGCGACAAGAGAAGCUCUCUGAUAUGUGGAAGUCUCUACUUGGGAGAAAGCAAGACCAGCCAGCUGAAGCUGAUUUGUCAUUGGUCUCCAGUUGGGUUGACACCCUUAAGCAGGAGAAAGAGUCACUGGCCAGCGACAAGAGAGGAGGUCCAAACCACAGCAUUACUCUAGUCGAGAAGUAUGGCAAAUGCCAAGAGGUGGUGGGUCGUGGUGCUUUCGGCAUCGUAAGAAUAUCGCAUAAGAAGAUGGAGAACGGAGAGAAGCUCUUUGCAGUUAAGGAAUUUCGCCGCCGGCCAGAGGAAACGGAGAAAAAGUAUAGCAAACGCCUGACGGCAGAGUUCUGCAUAUCUUCCUCUUUACGUCACCCUAAUGUCAUACAUACACUAGAUCUACUUAAGGACCAAAAAGGUGACUACUGCGAGGUCAUGGAGUAUUGCUCCGGUGGUGAUCUCUACACGCUCGUCCUCGCCGCUGGGAAGCUGGAGGUGAUAGAAGCCGAUUGUUACUUCAAGCAAAUGAUGCGCGGCGUUGAAUACCUACACGAGAUGGGAGUCGCACACCGCGAUUUAAAGCCUGAGAACCUACUUCUAACGAGCCAUGGUGCCUUAAAAAUCACGGAUUUCGGCAACGGUGAAUGCUUCAGAAUGGCGUGGGAAAACGAUGCUCACAUGGUAUCGGGUUUAUGCGGCUCUGCACCUUAUAUCGCUCCGGAGGAAUACAUCGACAGAGAAUUCGAUGCUCGUGCCGUUGAUGUCUGGGCUUGUGGUGUUAUAUAUAUGGCGAUGCGAACCGGACGACACUUGUGGCGCGUUGCCAAGAAGGAUGAGGAUGAGUUCUACGAGCGGUACCUCGAAGGACGCCGCGAUGAAGAAGGCUAUGGCCCAAUCGAGUCAUUACACCGCGCUCGUUGUCGCAAUGUCAUCUACUCUAUCCUAGAUCCCAAUCCUGCGCGACGUAUCACAGCAUCGCAAGUUCUCAAGUCGGAAUGGGGCCGCGAAAUUAAGCUCUGCAAAGCUGGCGAAGAAGGUCUCUAA